AUGGACCCUGACGGUUCCAACCAGUAUGUUAUCCUGUGGAAUGGAUCUGAAAUCUAUUGGAUUUGCGGGCUCUGGAACGGCCAGCACUUUACCGGAGUCCCUGGAACCACAGAAAGCACUGCGUUCAACUUCACCUUCGUCGACAACAGUGACCGGAAGUUCGCUACGUACACGAUCACCGAUAGUGCUUUCAUAACUCACUACGUGAUCGACUCAGCCGGGCAGAGCAGGCAGUGGUACUGGCUCAACACGACCCAGGAAUGGCAGACAGUCUUCACGCAACCAUUAGCUCACUGCGAUGUCUAUUCUCUCUGCGGUGCCUUUGGCAUCUGCAACCAGAAGAGCUCCCAACUCUGCCAGUGUCUGUGCGGGAAUCGAACCUCGGACAACGGAGAGAAAGAUGGAUUUCUGUUUAUGCCCAACGUGGGAUUGCCUCCCAACCCAAGGAGAUUGACGGCUGGAAGUGAUAAAGAAUGCAAAGCAGCUUGCUUGAGCAAUUGCUCGUGCACCGCAUACUCCUUCCAAAAUGGAUGCACGAUUUGGAGCGGGGCUCUUCGGAUCCUUCGGCAGCUUGAUGAUGGUGACAAAGAGGGUGGUGGUCCACUUUACAUCCGCCUUGCCACCACCGAUCUCCCCAGUUCGAGCGGUAGUUCUCAUAAGCUGACUACAGGAAUCGUCAUAGGAAUAGCUGCUGCAGGAGUCGUCAUCUCUUUUUUCGCCGUCUUCGUCCUAAUUUGGGCUUGUCGAAGAAGGAAAAUAACCCAAACGUCAAAGCAAGCAGAUGCUUCUUUGAUCCCAUUUCCAUACAGCGAUUUGCAGCGUGCCACCAAGAACUUCUCUGAGAAGCUGGGAGGUGGAGGCUUUGGCGUUGUCUACAAAGGCACUCUGCCAGACUCGGCCGUGGUAGCCGUGAAGAAGCUCGAAGUGUGCUCAGGCAGUGCGAGAAGCAAUUCUGAGCAGAAGUGA